CGUUUGUGCUUCUGUCAAAAUAAAAUAUCGCGUAUGCAAACGUUCGUUGCGAUACAUCGGCUAGAAAAAAAAUUAGUGAAAUUUAUGGGAACGAGGAUCUCGGUGUUGUGUCUCCACUUGAGAAUUUUCACAGACAAUGACCUUCAAUUGUCUCAAAUUAUACUCUUAUCUCACGCUUUUUCUAUAUGUUUUCCUGCGGAGUAAUUGCACUGCACUGGGAAUAUUCGCACGAUCGACCGAUCCAGGGAUUUGCACGACAAAUUUCAGGGUUCAUCGAACGCGGUAUGUGAGUUAUAAUGAGCCGUACAGGUACCGCAAAUUUUUGUGGGUAUACGAAACAAGAUGGAGGAUAAAUUAUCGAAUUGAGGGUUACACAGACUGGGAUCAGAAACAUUAUUGUUGCGAAGGAUACAAAACUGAGCGCCCGCAUCCGAAUCUCAAAUGCAGACCAAUAUGCGUCAGUGGUUGUAAGAACGGCGCAUGCAAAGCGCCGAAUGUCUGCGAUUGUGAUCCUGGUUACGUCGCUGCAGAUGAUCGAGCUAGCUGUGAACCGUCGUGUGCUUCGAUUGGCUACGAAGGUUCUCGAGGUUGUGGUAAAAACGCUUCGUGUUUCUUACCGAAUAUGUGUGUUUGUGAUACUGGCUAUGAAGUCGUCAACAGAGCUGCUCUCAUGAACGAUCCAACUUUGCCGUUUAAAGUAGAAUUUCCGGAUAGCGACUCGGGAACGACGAGUAUCAGCGUUGAAUCCACGUUGAGUCCACGUAUUUUCUUGAGCAAUAAUUUUACAUGUGAACCUUCGUGCUCGCCGAGCUGUCGUCGAAACGCUUUUUGUGCUGCUCCUGACACGUGUGAAUGUGAUCCUGGCUACAGACUCGAAACUCUCCCAGAUCAUCUAACGAACGUGUCCCGAUGUGUUCCCGUUUGCGAGAAAAAUUGUGUCAACGCUUUCUGUAGUUAUCCGAACGUAUGCACUUGCGCCGAAGGCUACAAACCAUCGAAAAAUGACAGCUCCGUGUGCGAGCCAAUUUGCCAUAAGGAUUGCGUCAAUGCGGUGUGCUCGCUGCCGGACCACUGCGAGUGUAUGGAUGGUUACGAAAAAUCGUCUAAUUUAAAUCAGCUCGGCCAUGUUUGCACGCCCAUUUGUUCAGGGGGCUGUUUCAAUGGGAAUUGCAUCGGGCCUGGUACCUGCAUCUGUAACGAAGGGUACAUCUUGACCUACGAAGCAACCAAUGCCACAAAAUCGUUUAAUUGUCAACCAUACUGCAGGCCUCAAUGUCCCAUUGGGUCAUCAUGCAUCGCACCUGACCAAUGUCAGCUGCAGCUUCCUGUAACUCACGUCUAUGAAAACUGCAACAGCAAUGGCACCUGGUCUAAGAAUAAUGGAACGUGCUGGUGCAAUCAUGGAUGGACUGGGCCGGAAUGCAGUGAAGCGAAAUCUUGCGGCAUUUUUAUCGCAUUCGGCAACAAAUCCAAUCAUCGAUUCCUUCCCGCAGAAAGAGUAUAUUAUCCUGGGAAAUGGGACUGGAAAGGUUUGUCGUGCAACGAGGAGUGUAAACACACGAUAUUGUCGUUAAAUCUGACGAGUAGUACGAGUUUCGAUGCCAUUCGUUGCUAUCAAUUGGAGUUGUUGGAACGAACUGCUGGUCUCGUAUCCAAGGAACUUUCGUUACAGCAAAUUUUCGAUGGCAGGCAGCACAAGGUCUUCUGUUCCAUCCCUGCAGAUUCUCCGUGCAAUUUGUCGAAGUCAAAUGGCGUCGCCUUCGGGGGCUUGUCAUUUUUCCUUAUCAUAUGUGCUAUCAUUUUGUACGAUUGGUCCUGAUUGAGAAGAAUUCCACGCAAAACCACUGUCAGAGUGAUACGAUAACUCGUUAGAACGACUGCGAACAGUGGAGACGUUCGAACAGGAAAGAGGCUGCAAUACUGUAGAUGUUUAUCAUCAUCGACUGCGUAUUUCCCUUUGCAACUUCGUUCUAUUUACUCCAAUUUUAUUUCAACCUACAUAACGACGUUGUUAUGUUUCUUGAAGUAGAAUUUUGAGUAAUUAUUCAAAAAUGCUGUUCACCACAACAAUUUAUGUUGAAAUUCUCAUGAAUCUACAAGCAUGAGAUCGAAAAAAAAUUCUCCACUUCUCCACUGUUUCCUCCUUUCCCUAGCCACGUUGAGAACUGAAGAAUAAUUUUAUGCUGUUGACUAUAAUUCAUGAAACAUUUGUUACAUAGUACCGAGUCGAGUCUUAGUCUC